GAUGGUCUGCACAGCACAUCAUUAUCGACACAGUUGUGCUCAAACACAUUGAAAGACGCCAUCGAUUAUAAGCUGAAGACAGAGGCCAUUGAUCUGACGGAUGAGCCCUAUUCUGAUCGAGCGGGCUUUUGCGGUAUACCACCGGCGCUGAUCCAACGGUACGCCGACGAGUGUCAACGCGACACUUACGAAGUGGCCGACGGUCUGGACAGGGCUCGCAUGCGGGCCCUCUCGGCUAAGGGUCGCCGGGGAGUACCCAACGACUAUUUGGGCGACUCGUGUGUCGGCCCACUCAUCGAUGUGGCCAACUAUGACAGUCUACACCUAUGGCUCGUAUCGCUGGGUCUACCCAUGUAUGAGCGAUGUCUGGUUGGGUCGGGUGUUGACACCCUAUACCGGGUGUCCAAACUUCGGGAGACAGACAUUGUUAACAAGUGUGGCAUUAGAGACAAACGUCACGUCAGGAUACUUACUAACGCUAUCGGAGCACUACAUCUCAGUGUAUAGACUCCCUGUCCACCCGUUUUGAUGACUACCCGUCCCCUCAUAUAAUGAAUUUCCUAUUGAUUUGAUGUAAAAUAUAGUUUAUUAGAGAUUUUUAUUGUUUUGUUUGCUUUGUCUGUAUUUACGGCUCAAUUCAAUGACAUUUGCUCUCAAUUUAUGUCCACAUUAUAUAUAAGACUGUGUUUUCACUUUCAGAC